AAGACUGGGUAGAUAUUUAAAGAAAAACACCAGGAGAAAUUGUGUUUUACCAAAGGAAACUUUCUCUCUACAGUUCUUCAUACAGGUACAUCCAAUGGAAACAGAAAACCAAACCAGCAUCUCCGAGUUUCUCCUCCUGGGCUUCUCAAGUUGGCCAGGGAAGCAAGGGCUCCUCUUUGCACUCUUCCUGUGUCUCUAUUUAACAGGACUAUUUGGAAACCUACUCAUCUUGCUCGCCGUUGGCUCAAACAAUCAUCUACAUACACCCAUGUAUUUUUUCCUUGCCAAUUUGUCCUUGGUAGACCUCUGCCUUCCUUCAGCUACAGUGCCCAAGAUGCUACUGAACAUCCAAACCAAGUCUCACUCCAUCUCCUACCCUGGAUGCCUGGCUCAGAUGUAUUUCUGUAUGAUGUUUGCCAACAUGGACAAUUUCCUCCUCACUGUGAUGGCAUAUGACCGUUAUGUGGCCAUCUGCCAUCCUUUGCACUACUCCACCAUGAUGACCCCACGUGUCUGCACCUCUCUGGUGGCUUUAUCUUGGGUCAUUGCCACUUUGAAUCCUCUCUUACAUACCCUCAUGAUGGCCCGACUGCAUUUCUGCUCUGAAAACAUCAUCCACCAUUUCUUCUGUGACAUCAACUCUCUCCUCCCUCUCUCCUGUUCUGACACCAGUCUCAAUCAACUGAUGGUUCUGCUUGUGGUGGGACUGAUCUUUGUGGUACCGUCAGUGUGUAUCUUAGCAUCCUAUGGUCGCAUUGUCUCUGCUGUGAUGAAAAUAACUUCUAUUCAAGGAAAACUCAAGGCAUUCUCAACCUGUGGCUCUCACCUUGCCUUGGUUAUUCUUUUCUAUGGUGCCAUCGCAGGAAUCUAUAUGAGCCCUUCAUCCAACCACUCAACUGAAAAAGACUCAGCUGCAUCAGUCAUCUUCAUGGUUGUAGCCCCUGUGUUGAAUCCCUUCAUUUACAGCUUAAGGAACAAUGAGCUGAAGGGGACUUUUAAAAAGACUCUUGGCCAGAGCAGGAUGCUUUCCCGGUGAUUUACACUGCUCUGAGAGGAGUUCACCAGCCCGGAAAGCAUGCUGACACCAUUAUUUUCAUUGUUAGUUUAAAAGCUAUCAUUAAAUACUUAAUGAAGCUUG